AUGCGAGCAACUCUCAUUCUAUUCGCAAGGAACUUGAAACAUCUUACAUUUAAACGUGCACAAAAAGGUUUAUUCCAUGGUAAACGUAUACAGUUUGGUAACAAAGUCUCGGAACACGACAAUAAGAGUCGACGUACCUGGUUACCAAAUGUAAGAGUGGGACGUCUAUGGUCGGAAACCUUUAAACGUUGGACAAAAAUAAAAGUUACCACCGCCGCGUUACGCACCAUUGAUAAAAAAGGCGGUCUAGAUCGAUAUUUACUAACGACCAAAGAUGAGCUUUUGGGUGCACGUGGCGUAAAGAUGCGUGGUUACCUAGAGACGAGGUUGGCUUGGAUUCAGAAGCAAAAAUAUCCGCAAUUAGAGCAAAUUAUCGGGAAAAAAAUGUACGAAAAGCCACCUAAACCGAUAAAGUAUAAAGAAGGCGAAGAUCCGGCGGAAUGGGAUGAUAAUAGGAAAUUGUUGGAAAAGUUUCGAAGAAAGAUGCGUUCGAAAAAGAAACACAAUUUGGUAAAAGAAUCGAACGAACCAAAGUUGUCAAAAUAUGCGUAUACUAAAAUUUUGGAAGCUGAGGGGGAUCCAACGAGUACGUUCAUCAAACCAUUAAAAAUUUAUCAGGAGGCCAGUGCUGCUGCUAUAGCCGACAAGUUUUAUUUAGAGGCUUCCAUCAAAAGUAAAAGAAAUAAAAAAACUUUGGAACAUAAGAAAAAUGAAGCAAGUAUUUUGAAACGGGGGUUUAUAGAUAAAUGA